AUGCCGCCACCACCGAAUAUCAUUCCUGAGGCAGAUGCCGCCGCCGCCGCCGGGCAGGCAGGGGAAGUUACCGUCUCUAAGGCACCAAGCUCGCCGACGAGUUUGAAGCAUCAUCAUCACCCGCAUAGGGUUUUUAAGGUUUAUGUUACUGGGUUUGGGAACUUCGAAGGAAUCCCAGUAAACGCCUCCUACCUCGUCGCCUCCUCUCUCCCCUCGGUACUCCCGGAGAAAUACAUCAACCAUGCCCCCGACUCUGUCAAAUCCCAAAACCUCCAGGUCUCCAUCAUCCCACACUUCGAAGCCGUCCCCGUCUCCUACGAAAAAGUUACAAAGUUGAUCCCAACUUUAUACGAAGACCUACCCGGGGUGGAUUUAUUCGUGCAUAUCGGUGUUAUGCCGUUUAAUUAUUAUAGGAUCGAGGAGAGGGCUAGGAAGGGAUCUUAUGGACCGCCGGAGGGGAAUCCGAAUGGGAGGGCGGAUGUGGAUGGGAAGUAUCCAGAGAAUAAUGAGGCUGGGAGAGCGGCGAAGGGGAAGGUACCUAAGGAUGUGACGGAGAUUUUGUCGGGGUUGGAUGUUGAGGGGAUAUGUAAGGAUUUGGAGAAGGCGAAGAAGGGGAGUACGGAUAACUUUGAGGUCCCAAGAGUAUCCACUGAUGCCGGGCUAUACCUUUGCGAAUUUAUUUACUAUAAUUCGCUAGCGGAGUCGAUUUAUGAUGAUGAAGCUAAAUAUGAAUCCGAGUAUCCGGAACCAAGACCGGUUACGGAUCCUACCGCGGAGACGCCGUUGAGCUCGAGGGCGGUGUUUAUUCACGUACCGAGUAUUAUGACGGACGAGUUUCUAGAAAAGAGUAAGGAGACGGUUAAGAGGAUUAUUGGGGCUAUUGCGGUGCAGAGGCUUUCCCCGUAG